AUGCUUAAAGUACUAAGUCGCUAUGAUCACGAUUUAGUAUCUUGUUUCGGAAUUAUUUGCGUCGUCACACUGUUAGCGUUUCCAUCGUUCCUCAACUUUCUGACGUCCAAGAACGUGACGCGAAUAGACUAUUUGAAGAUCACCGGAUUCUUCAUUGUCCAAGAGAAAUACUGUACCGUGGUGGCUAUUCACGCAAUAUUGACGUGCACGAUUGGAUUGCUGGUUUUAGCGUGUACCGAAUCGACGCUCGCAAUUUACGCGUGUUAUGUAUGUGGACUGUUUAGAAUUACUAGUUACCGAUUACGAAAUGCUGUAGACAACGCUGUGGGACAAAUUGUACAUAAUCGCAAUGGAUCCAGUCAUAGCAGUAUUCCUGAGGCUGUAGCUAUACACUCGAAAUCGCUGAGAAUCAUCGAAGAAUCGGCGGCUAUGUUAACGAUACCCUAUUUAGCAGCCAUUAUAAUAGCCAUAAUCUCCUUUGGUUUGAAUCUAUACCGACUUUUUCUAGCAACCGUGGACAUGAAUUCUCUAGAAUUAAUUUUCUCCGGGAUGCUGGUUACCAUUCACCUGGUGAUCGUGUUCUUGAAUAAUUACAACGGACAGAAAAUCAUAGACGACAGCGUGAGCGUAUUUUACGAAACAUACGACACUACGUGGUAUAGCAUCCCACCGAGUAUGCAGAAACUUCUUUUAAUGAUAAUGCGUAGAAGCUCGAUCGAAUGUGCUUUUAAUCUUGCCGAUUUGUUUACGCCGAGCUUCACUGGCUUUUCGACGAUGAUGAGCUCGUCGUUCUCGUAUUUCACUCUUCUGUAUUCGACGAGGUAGAAUGGAAACGAUGAUCGCGAGUCAUCACGAUGAUUACGACUCUCGAGGACGACGACGAUUACAAACUACUUAUUGCGCGACGAGGAAUAGUUCAGUGAAUAGUUCGGUUUCGGGUAGUAACGAAAUAUUUUAGUACAGUAAAAACUGGAUAAGUGGAAGAAAAUCGGGACUUAAGCAUUGCGGUUAUUCGGUCGAGGUUUCUAUUCUGUGUUUAUAUUUGGCUCGAGUCGAGCGCCGAACGUAGAAAAGGACAGAGAAAGAGAGAGAGAGAGAGAGAGAGAGAGAGAGAGAGAGAGAGAGAGAGAGGUCCGAGGGAAGAAAGCAGUAGGCAAAAGCGUAUCGGUGAGACAAUAGAAUCCUAAGAAAGCAUCUAUGGUAAGCUAUCGAGAUUUGAGAAUCAGGCCACCUUCACCGCGCCGACAAUCAUUUUAUUGACGAGUUCCAAAGAAAUUAAACCUAAAGAAACAUCGUUGCUGAUAGAUUUGCUGAAACCUAAUGGUGACUGAGAGUCACCUCUCGAGUGCAAAGGGUUGGUCGCCGAGCGUUGCAUUUACCCAAUAACUCCUGUCUUGCACUUAUCCAGUCUGUACUGUAAUAGACAAGAGGCACAAGAAUAGUAAAGACGUUACACGUAAUAAAUUAUAAUAGUAUGUCGUAUAAAUAGUGAAACGUGUAAUUUCAGAGCAAUGUUUUUGUUUAAUGCUCGUAAAGUACACGUGCCUUCAAUUUACGCAAUUUAGUUUUACUUUCCUUUACGUUCCCUCCUGAUUCCGUUACACACCGGAGCACCCUGAACACGAUCGGUUCCACCGUUUCACCGUUCACCAAUUUCAUUUCAGCUCGAUAGGUCUCAAUUCGAUCUUGAUAGGCGGUUACAGCAUUAUCGCGGAACAGAUCACUCGAAGGAUCCAAACUAUUCAGAGGUAAACUCGACAAGCCAUCGAGCUUGUCAGCCAUCGAGCUUGUCAACCAUCGACAAUUUCGAUAACAUCGACAUUUUCAGACGCGUAGGUGGAACUUCGAACGUGGUACGUGCUCCUGUGAA